CGCGGAGGCAGCGGUUCCCCGGUGCAAAGUAAGAUGUCUCAAUAAACAAAAUGAGCGUGUUUGGUGAUUUUGAUUCACAGAUUUAAGUUGAUGUCAAGAAUCGCUUCAGCAGAGAAGAGCUUUUUCAUACAUCUUUUUAACUAUCAAGGUGAGGGGAUGGCCAAAGAUUCUAAAUUCAGCUUCGAGUUUUGGCUGCACAAGACUAUUGAAUGGGGUCAGAUAAGCACUUCAGAAUCUCAGCAAGAUGUCUGCCUUCACUUGCCUGAAUUACAGGAAUUUCUACUACAGAUUUAUGGAGCUUUGAAACAUAUGAACUGUAGUACUGCAGUCCAAGAGUUUCCACUAAUUGGUCAAUUAUUGGGAAGGCUUUGUUGGAACCCCUUUGUCAUUGGCUAUGACGAAUGCCAGAAGAUUCUAAUGUGGUGCUUAUGUUGUCUGUACAGUGGUGAACCACAGAACCCUGUGGAAUUGAAGGCCAACAGCUGGAUACAAGGUUCAUUGUGCCACUUGCUUUCAUUUUCUGGACUGAGAAAUCAUGACACUGAUAUCAACAACUUUAUUUCAACCCUUGGGUUCACGUCUGCAGAUUACUAUUCUAAAUUAAUUGAAAAUGUGGUCUUAUCAUUAGUGACAGAACUCAGUAGAAAUCAGUUUAAUGGAGUUAACAGACAACAAAGUAUGUCUUCUCGAGUAAAAUCCAUAUCCCUUCUCUGUAUACCUCUUAUUACUUUGCCUGAUGUAAUGCCACUGCUGGAAGCCCUUCUUAGCUAUCAUGGAGACAGAUCACAAGAGGUCCUCCAUGCUGAAUUUUUAGAAGCAGUGAAUGAGGCUGUGUUACGAAAAAAGAUUUUCUUGCCUGAAUCUGCUGUGUUGCAGUUGUGGCUUCGCCAUCUGCCUGGUCUGGAGAAAGCAGUGCUGCAGAAUCUUGAAAAUCUAAUCUCAACUCAGCCAAGUUCACUGGAAGAGAUGGAAUGUCUUAUAAAAUCUUCCUUAUUGCACCAAGCUGCAUGUCAUCCGGCAGUCUUCAGAACUAUAGAUGAAAUUUUCAAGAAUGCACUGCUGGAAACUGAUGGAGCACCAGAAGUAAUGACCGUAAUGCAGGUAUUUACACAGUGCUUUGUUCAAGCAUACCCACAAGAAUAUAAGCAGUUUAAGUUUCCACUGAAGGCCUACUUUCCUCAUAAUCCUCAUUCACUUGUGAUGGCUUUGCUUAAACAUCCCUCAGACUUGCCAGCUACUGGUUUGCAUCAACACUUGACCCACAUUGCAGAAAUGCUCAAAGCAGCAGUAGAAGCAAAGUGCACUGGAUAUUGUGGAGACCUCUUUGAGAACUGGUUUUUGUUUGUUCGUUUUGGAGAAUGGGCUGAUAUCGCAGCAGAGCAGUUGUUGUCACAAGCGGAAUCCUCAGAUGCUUUGUUGUGGCUUUUGGCAUUUUACUAUAAUCCAGGUGAAGAGGAUCGGCGGAGAACUCAAACAAUGGUGGAAGCAAGAUCUGUAUGUGACCAUCUGACUGUCCUGUUCCGAACUCCAACUAUUUCUGUCACAGAUCUGCAGACUGCAGUUAGCAGCGGAACAAAACAAAAGCAAUCUAGUAGCAACCUGGUAGUUACACACCUGAUUAUCAGCUUUCUGCUGUUUACUCCUACUGGACACACAGUAGCCGAAGAAUUUAUUACCCAUUUUGUAGUUGCAGGCAGUGAAAUUCCAGAAGUUACUGGUCUUCUAACUCGUCUUGCAAAUCGAGUCGGCCAACUUGGAAUGAAACAUCAAAGGACUUUAAAGUUGGUGAAUGAUCUCCUCCUAAAACUAAAAUGUGGAGUUUAGUUUUCUUUGUGAUACUCAGCCCAAUAGUCAGUCUAACUAAUCGGAACAGCCAGAUGGAGAAUGGAGAGAAGGUAUUUGGUCUUUUCACUUCCUUAAAUAUGAAAGUGUUUUGUGUCUACAGUUGAAUGGUAAAGAUAAAAAUAUUGAUAUAGAAGUUGUGAGCUGUAUUAUAUCUGACCUUUCUCAAGUCACUCUCUGAUUUAAUAGGUUUGCAUCCUAAAAGGACCUUCUUCUAAUUGACUUUGUCCCAAAAGUCAUAAGGCUGAUAACAAAACGUAAUUGUACUGGAGGGUUUUCCUUAUGUAGCUGAAUACCAGUAAAUUUGAAGUGAUAUUUGA